CGAUUCGGACAACUUUAUGAUUGGCGUUCGGCGCAAAAAACAGUCAGUGUUUUUUUUGUUAAAGAAUUUUUUUUUUCAUUCAAUCACAAUAGGUAUACAAGAAUCGUGGUCAAAGUGGCGCUGCCUAUAUGGUCAUAUAUGGCCAGAUUAUCAUCACAGUUUGAAUUUCAUAAAUGGCCAUAAAAAAAACAGUAAAUUUAUGGCGGUCAAAGAACAAAGCUAAAGACAUCGUGUCUGGUUAUGUCUGUGUAAUAUAAUAAAACUAUUUGAUUUGAUUUUUGUUUGUUUAUUUUCUGGGUCCUUAUUAACAUGUAUAAUUUUUUUUGCGUGUGGCCAAAUAUUUUGCAGAAUGACCAUCAAACACUAUUCGAUGACCCACAGAUAAUUUAAAAAUGCAGUUCAAACUGACCAUGAUUGCCAUCUGUUGACAUUGAGAUUCAAUUCAGUGAUUGAAAGCAAUCAUUCUGCCAUCUAUUGUUGAGAAUCAAAUUUUCCUAAUGUAACAUUUGUCCCUUGAAUAACACGAACAUUUGAUAUCGAAAUUAUUGUCACGAUUAUCAUAUACGAAUGUCACUAUCGUGAACUUUGAUCAACAAUGUUUUUCUUGGGAUUUUUAUGUUGGUGAAUCCCAACUUGAAUAAUCAUUCAUUCUUCUUAUAUUUUUUCCAUAAUCUUUUCCACUUUGAAUAUUGGUGUUAAUGAUAUUUUAAAUUUUCGUGAAUCCCUCUUUUUUAUCCAAUAAUGCCUUUCUUUCGUUGCCAUCUUCCAAAAUUUGAUUCGCCAAAGCCACCAUUUCGAUUUGAUAAUAACUCAUGGCCCACUUAUUUACGGAAUUCAAUCAUAUCGAAUGAGGAAAAACAACAAGAAAAUGAUGAUUGUUUAAAUGAUGAGGAAAAAUCCAAAAAUAAAUCACAAAAAAUUCAGAUUGUCGAUCGACCUCAUCAAAAUCAUUGGCAAAAACUUGUCCUUAAUCAACGAUGUCCAUUCUUUAGAUUUCAUGAAAAUUUGACUAAAAUCAAAAUCGAUCAACGUGGGUCUGAUCGAAAGUCGGAUGAAAAUCAAACAAAACAUCAAUUUGAUUUCGAUUCGCUCAAUAUUCGAUUAUUAGAAACAUUUGGAUUCAUUGGAACUGCUUUGGUCGUUGGUUUCGAUAUUCGUUCACGUAUAAAUCAAUGGUCACCUGCGCAGCAUCGUCGAGACCAUCGUAUGCUCGAGCAUAUCAGCAAUGAUAAUCGCGAACGAUUGCCCAACUUUGUCGAAAAUGGCUAUCCACUCAAUGAUUUUUGUCGCACGAAAACCAUUUAUUGUGGCUCAAAUCGUUGGUGUAACUAUAUAUUCAGCAAGAUAUUCGCGAUGCCAUCAUUUUUGCCAUCAUUAUCAUCCAAUAUUGUUGAUCAGAUACCUUCAACGAUCAAGAUCAAUGAUGAUGAUGUCCACGGACGAACGGAUUCACUUGUAGCAUCGGGAGUUACCAAAACAAAUAAAAAAGUGCGGAAUAUUGAAGAACUUGAACGAAUCCUAUGUUUACAACCUGAACAAAAUGAUCAUACAACAAAUUGUUCAUUGUUUUUGUAUAACAAUAAUGAAAACAGGAAAUCAAUUGAAAAGGACAAGGACGAUAUCUGUAUAACGAACAUUGUACAAAAAAAUGAAUAUCCUGGUCAUUUGAAUACCGAUUUGUCAUUGAACAAUUAUUUGAAUUGUGAGAAAGCAUCCGGAACGGUGGAUGUAUCUGAAUACAAUCAAGAUGAUCAUCAUAGUAGUGAUGAUGAUUAUGAUGACGAUUCAACCGCCACUGCUUCUAAUAACAAUGGUGAUUUCAUUGCAUCAGUGUUUCGACAAACCUGUCUUGAAUAUUCGGAUAUAUUGAAUAAUUUGUCUGGCAUUCAAUUAAUGAAAAAACAACGUCCAAACGAUGCAUUGUCCUGUUGGUUAAGCUGUGACACAAGAUAUUCAGCUGCAUUGUUCAAUUUGGGUGUUGCAUAUGAAAGUGGAUUGUAUGCAAUGAAUGAUGAUGGUAAACCUGAUAUGGAUAUGGCCUUCCAUUAUUAUACAUUGGCCGCAAGCAAAGGCCAUUAUAAUGCCAUCUACAAUAUAGCAUUAUAUUAUCUUUAUGGAAAGGGUAGCAUCAAAACAAACAUAGACCAUGCCCUUAAAUUAUUAAGAAUUGCAUCUAGUAAAGGCGUUCAACAAGCACGUGAUUAUUGUCAACGAUUUGAUGAUGAAAAAGAAAAACUAAACAAUCAACGAUUAAUAAAUAAUAAUAAAAGUAAAUCGAAUCCAUCAUUGUCAUCACCAUCAUAUGAUAGAUUUGAUUCUGAUGAAUCAUCAUUAUUUCGAUCAAAUGCUUCUAAUAUUAUUAUUCGAAGAUCAACGACAUUGCCCGAAUUUGUACAUUAUCCAGAUCAAUCGAUUUCGAUCAAUUGA